GCGGGCGGGGGUCCAGGAACCUGGGGAACGGAGUCGGAUCAGAAGGGAAGGUGCAGAGCCCCGGGGAGGAGGCGGCGGACACGGAGAGGGACACCUGGGGACAGAGACGGACAGGGCCGCCCCUCCCGGACAGACCCAUGCUGGCACGGGUCCCGGACCGCCCGGGCCUGCGCUCCUGGUGUCCCCCACAGCAGGACAGGGACAUCUCUCCUCCUGAGAGGUUAUUCUCCUGGUUCACUGGCUGUUGACAACCUGGGGCUGCUUGGUGUUCUCAGGCUCCUAUGCUUGGGGCAACUUCACUAUCCUGGCCUUGGGUGUGUGGGCUGUGGCCCAGCGGGACUCUAUAGAUGCCAUAGGCAUGUUUCUUGGUGGCUUAGUUGCCACCAUCUUCCUGGACAUCAUCUACAUUAGCAUCGUCUACUCAAGUGUUGCCACUGGGGACACUGGCCGCUUCGGUGCCGGCAUGGCCAUCCUCAGCUUGUUGCUGAAGCCCUUCUCUUGCUGCCUCGUCUACCACAUGCACCGAGAACGAGGGGGCGAGCUCCCCCUCCGCCCGGAUUUCUUCGGACCCUCUCAGGAGCAUAGUGCCUACCAGACAAUUGACUCAUCAUCAGACGCUGCUGCCGACCCCUUUGCAAGCCUGGAGAACAAGGGCCAAGCUGCCCCCCGGGAGUACUGAAGCUGUCCCCGGCCAUCCUGGUCCCCAGCAGGAUUCUUGUCACCUUCUUUACCUGGACCUACAAUGGGGCAUCCUCCAUUCCCUACCACAGAGGUGGCCUGAGUCAUGUGCCCUUGGAGGUCAAGAGCCUCUAGCUUCCCAUCGGAGAAGAGCCCAGUCCUAAUUCUCCAGGCUGCCCCUCCCCUCAAGACACCUGUUAACCCUGGGCUAGAGCUGUGGUUGGUUUCCUCCCUCCUACCCCAUAACUAUAGCACACUCCUACUCAGCUGUGCCGAGGGCUCAGGGCCAGCCAGGCCUUACGGGUCAAUGAUCACUGCCUCUCAGGCUGCCCCACGGUGAUCACCCUCCCUAGAAGCUCUGUGAGCUUGUGCUCCCGCUCAGCCUGUUCUGCAUAGGCACAAAGUUCCAGUGCCUGUCACUGCCUCGUGACUUGGUGCUUGAGAACCCCAGGCCUGGAUGCAGUAGUUCUGCAGAGGCCCCUCUCAGAGCGCUGGCAUUAAAAAUUCCGGGUUCUGUGGCUGUGCUGUGUUUGAGCCACAAUUGAGCUCCAAGCAUGGACCCGCCCUGCCAUCUUGGUAUGAUUUCGCCUUUGAGUCAGAGCCUGGUGGAAGGAAGGGUUCCCUGUGGGCCUGUGGGAGGGAGCCUGACUGUGGCCAGUCAGUGUGCCAUGUGGACAGACAUCUGUCCUCUGAGUCUAAGUGACUAUCACUGCCUCUGAUACUGAGCAUGGGUGGCUCCCUCUAGCCCCUGUGUUCUGACCACAGUCGACUGCCUCCUGAGGUGCUGGGGGCCCCCACUCUUACUCAUUGCCAGAUCUCUGGGGACAGAUACUUGAAGACUUAUGGGAAACCACAGGCUGAGGUGACUGUCCUGACAGGACUGUCUGCACCCCUGUGGACAGGCAGAGAGGCUGAGUGACAGCAUCUAUGAAAAGUGAACCCCUCCUUCUGGGCGGGGUCACUGUGGUCCAUCUGCUCUGUGGAACACCAUCCCAUACAAUCAGCAUCCUGAGCCCAGUGUGAGCAGAGUGAGGAGCAGCGUGUACCACUAGAGGGCAGUAGUUGUGACACAGCCUCUCACAAAACCCUUAGGUUUGUUUAGGCUGUAUGCAGCACAGUAUAAAACAUGAGCCGGGGCCCAGAGAAACGGCUCAGCCGCACCUGAAGGGAGUCUACUACUGAGUGUGACAAUCUGUGUUUAACCUUGGACCAACUCAUGAAAGUUGUCCUCUGACCUCCACACUCUGGUCAUGGUAUGAGGUUUUACACACACACACACACACACACCACAAACAGAUAAAUGUAAAAACCAACAACCCAGAAUAUUAAAAACCUGCCUGGUGGGUGGUUAAUCCUAGGCAGAGGCAGGUGAAUAUCAGAGUUCGAGGCCGGGCUUGGUCUACAGAGUGAGUUCCAGGACAGU